UACAUUUUCAAGCUGUGUGCUUGACCCACCUGAACUAUUUCUUGAAGCAAUGAAAGUAGCUGUUGUAUUACUAUCGUGUUUAGCUGGUUUAAGCUUGCUUUUUCCUUUGUCCAACGCGGCACCCGUGGAUCCAAAGACGGCGGCUGCAGUCUCACUGCCUCCCAUUAUUGCCAAUCGAACCCGACUUCCGCGGACCUUGCCAAUGGCUGAUCUCAUGUCAGAACAACGCGCCAUGGAUAGCAAUGGGAAACUUCCUAAUGGCACCGAGAAUAAAGGAGGCAUGGCACUAGAUGCUCCUCCUCAACCGGCGACGCGUCCCCGUGCGGCGUAUGCAUCGAGCAACACUGGUGUUUCUCUCGCAUCGGUAGACCACAUUGAGGAGUUGACCUUUUACACCAAGUUAUCGUCCAUGAGCUAUUGUGAUUCUGUGAUCCCGGGUGGAAAACUUGAUUGUGCACAAUGCUCGGCCGUCAGCGGUGCCACCAUGGUGAAAACUUUUUCCACGCUUCUUUACGACACAAAUGGUUAUAUUAUUCGCGAUGAUGCCAAAAAGAAGCUUUAUUUGACUUUUAGAGGCUCUAGUUCCAUUCGUAAUUGGAUUGCUGAUUUCACCUUUAUUGCCACCAGUUACACGCCGGUGAAAGGCGCUAAAGUUCAUACAGGGUUCUAUAAUUCGUACAAGGAAGUCGCGCAAAAUGUGAUUUUAACAAUGCAAAAGGAGCUGGACGCUCAUCCUGACUAUGACACGGAAGUUUCGGGACAUUCGUUGGGUGGUGCAAUGGCUGUGCUUGCUGCAUUGGAUCUGUACCAACGUGACAUCCGAUUUACACCCGACAACCUUCGUAUUUUCACUUACGGUGCCCCACGUGUUGGCAAUCCUGAUUUCGCGUACUAUGUUACAGGUACCGAUAUCCCAUUCCAGCGCGUGGUGCACGAUCGCGACAUUGUGCCUCAUUUACCUCCGCAAGCCUUCGGUUUCCUUCAUCCCGGUAUUGAAAAUUGGAUCGUCGAUGGAGAAAACAAAGUCCAAAUAUGUGAGCACGAAUUGGAAACCUCUCUUUGCUCAAAUUCCAUUGUUCCCUUCACCAGCAUUCUCGAUCAUUUAACCUAUUUCGACAUCAAUGUUGGAACUUGUUAAUCAAUACAGUCCAAGUACUAGGAUUUACUUACUUAAUGCUACAAUGUAUUCUAUAUAACAGCAUUUUCUCUAUUAAAAGUGAUACGUCCAUGCGAGUAUUUUCUCUGUCUCAAAAAAGAGAACUUGAAGCGGCC